AUGGCAGAGCUUUUAAGACAUCCAAGAGUAAUGAAAAAAUUGCAAAAUGGGGUCCGGGAAAUAGCAGGAAACAAAGUAGAGAUCACCGAGGAUGAUUUGAACGGAAUGAAGUACUUGAAGGCUGUGAUCAAAGAAACUCUUCGCUUACAUCCUCCGUUUCCUUUAUUAUUCAGGAUGUCAACUGAAGAUAAGAAAAUAAAGGGUUACAACAUUAAAGCCAACACUCAAAUUAUAGUUAACGCAUGGCAGAUAGGAAGAGAUCCCAAAUCAUACAACAACCCAGACAACUAUGAACCAGAAAGGUUCUUGAACAGUGAUGUAGAUUAUAUAGGGAAUCAUUUCGAAUUUAUUCCAUUUGGGGCUGGAAGGAGGAGAUGUCCCGGAAUUCAGUUUGCCGCUAUGGUUAGUGAGAUUGCUUUGGCAAAUUUGGUGUUCGACUGGGCAGUGCCCGGUGGACUAGGGGUACAUGAUAUAGACAUGACUGAAUCCACUGGCGUUAUAACACAAAUGAAGUAUCCUCUCAAAGCCGUUGCUAUCCCCUAUUUAGGAUGA